GUGACGGAUACACCUUGAACCAUUCAACACAACUAUAGUUCAUCGAUAUACCGCUAAAACAUACAGAAAAAUAUAAAAACGCAGUUCGACAUAACGUGGAUUCUCAAACUGUUAAAAUAAACUAAUGUGAUGUAAGUUUCGCGGUAAUCAUCAUAAUGUAAUGUAAAUUUGUGCACGAAAUACGACAGUGGUGAACUGCUGUUUAUUGACAGGCCCGCAUGAUAGCCGGCUAUCUAGUCGCAAUGACGUCAGAUGAAAGUGAGCACUAUCGACGAGAACAAGAGGAGUUCGUUUCGAAUCAUGGCGGGAGUUCAUCGCGGGAAGUUUUGUUGGCGAUACUUCCAAACGUGUGCAGUAUUUUUUUAACUGCAACUACUCUGGCACUCGUCGGAAAACGCGUGGAUCGGAAUGUACGAACACUAAUAGAAUUUUGUCUUAGCAUAGUGCCUUGUGUGCUGUGCUGUACAAUAUUGUCUGAAUCGGUAGUGCAUAUAUGUUUCGCAAUGAUAACAAUAUCAAUCGUGAACGUGGUUAUUUUCAUAGCGCAAAAUAGAAUACCAUCAAAAACAUUUGUUCGUUCUAAUGUCGGCAGGAGACCUUUUGUGACGAAUUUUCGAGCACUCACAAACCUAAUAUCCGUGAUUUGCAUCCUGGCUGUGGAUUUUCGAAUAUUUCCGCGUAGAUUUGCAAAAACUGAAAUCUACGGGUACAGCUUAAUGGAUACGGGUGUUGGACUGUUCGUCGUAGCCAAUGCUCUCGUAGCUCCGGAAUCGCGCAACAUUGAAGGACCCAGAGGUCGUUCGGUUAUUCAAAAAAUGACGAGUAAUUCGAAAACGUGUGUGAAAAAUUCGGCUCCACUGUUGAUCCUCGGUUUCGGGCGCUUCCUUGCGAUAGAAUAUUCAUCUUAUCAAACUCAUGUUACCGAGUAUGGUGUCCAUUGGAAUUUUUUCGUCACCCUAGCAUUCGUCAAAAUGUUAACGAGUACGAUAUCCUCCAUCGCGAAUUUGCGGUAUUCCCUGCUCUUGGGAGUUUCCAUUAUCUCCAUGCAUGAAUACGCGCUUAGCGCUGGAGGCUUGAAAUAUUGGGUACUCGGAGAUUCUCCAAGGAACGAUUUCGUCUCGGCGAAUCGUGAGGGCCUCAGCUCUGUUCCUGGCUACGUCGGAAUCUACCUUAUCGCUGUUGCGAUUGGACGUCUUAUCCAUUCGACUUAUAAAAGUCAUGAAAAAUGUGUGAAAUUGUCUAAUAACGAACGUUAUUUCGUGAAUUUUCGAGUUUUUGGACGGCAAGUUGAAUUCGAGUAUACCGAUUCCAUGAUACUGUGCGUUAAGUUGUCUCUCAUCGCCGUUCAAGCUUGCGCAGCAACUCUCUUUUGCGAUCAUUAUUUCCGCGUAUCGAGACGUCUUGCCAAUGCUGGAUAUUGCUUCUGGAUCGUCACUCUGAGUUGCACUUUGCUGACACUUGCUCUUCUUGUAGAAAUAAAAACGGACAUUAUUGCAAGUAUCGGAGGUUAUCAUCCACAUAACACCGGAAAAAAGGAUGAAGAUGGAGGAAAAAAGAAGAAACGCGUUGGCUUCCGUCUCGAUGACCUUGACAAUGAAGAAUCAAUAAAAAUACGAACACUCGAAAUUUUUGAAGCAGUUAACUAUAAUGGACUUACUUUUUUUCUCCUUGCUAAUCUUUUCACCGGCGUUGUUAAUAUGUCCAUUAAAACUCUCUACGUUGACACGAAUGAAGCGCUACUAAUAAUUUUCGUUUAUAUCGCUUCUUGUAUACUCCUAAUUAUUAUUCUUUACCGAUUUAAAAUUCAAUUGAAAUUGUAAUUUCUGUCGAGAAAUUUUCUAUUUUAUUCAAAUGAUUUUUUUACUUUCAAAAUAAUCAGGUUUGUACUUCCAUUAAAUAUAUGGUGUGUUACGGUGUGAAAAAUAUUGUCGUUUAUCUGCAAUUCAUAAUUUUUUUCCGUUAAAGGUACCGAUUUUUAUACAAAAUCAAAAGUGAUAUUUUGCAGUAAAGGAAUCAGUUCUGAUUUAUCUUCGUUACAAAAUAACUCAUAAUUUUUUCGAUGCCAGUUAAUUUUGAUGUCCGGAUUUUUAUACCAUUCCGUGCUGUCAUGACUCAAAUAAUUUUUAACAUCCGUGUAUUUUUAUUUUUUGAAUGAAAUAACACCCCGAAGAAGAAAUAUCUCGACAUUUUUCAGUUGCUAUUCAGCACCUCCCAGCAGUUUCCAUUUUUUUUUUUAAUUCCGAUUAGAAAAAAUAGUUUAGCUCGAUUAGUCGACAUCGACAUAUCGUUAAUAGUCAUUCAUAUUGAUUUUUCGAAUUUACGUUUCUACUCUUAUGAAAAAAUGAGACAUUUCAUUUAUCGUAUUCACGUACAAUGUUAUCUCUAACGUUUUGAAAAUAAUAAAAGACAUUAAAUGCCGGUCA